GGGAUACUGGGAGAGCCGGAAGAGCCGUGUAGAGAGCGAGCGAGCUAGAGCCAGCAGAUCCCAGUAACGUCACUGGUUCUCCAUCAAGACCUGAUCCGGGAACGCACCGCAUCUACCGGGGUCGACUUCAAAGAUUCAGUGUAGGCUGUGGUCGGGAUCACCUGUGUCGUACACCGUGCGUGUGGCAGAGGCUCAGUAAAGAUGUGGAAGGCAGCAGCAGGACAGUCAGUGAAGGUGGCUGUGGAUGAUGGAGGCGACGACUGGGAGACCGACCCCGACUUUGAGAACGACGUUUCGGAGAAGGAGCAGCGCUGGGGGGCGAAGACGGUGCUCGGUUCAGGACAUCAGGAGCACAUAGACAUCCACCGGCUGCGUGAGACGGUGUCGACGGAGCACACCAGCUUGAAGCAGAAGGAGCUGGAGACGAUGCCCAAGGCGUCGCAUGGAUACGGAGGGAAGUUUGGAGUCCAGCAGGAUCGUAUGGACAAGUCCGCCGUGGGUCACGACUACCAGAUCAAGUUGUCCAAGCACUGCUCCCAGACAGACACGUCCAAGGGCUUUGGAGGCAAGUUUGGAGUUCAAGCUGACCGCGUUGACCAGUCUGCUGUCGGGUUUGAAUACGCCGGGAAGACGGAGAAACACGCCUCCCAGAAAGACUACACCACUGGGUUUGGGGGGCGAUACGGAGUGCAGGCAGAUCGUGUCGACCAGAGCGCGGUGGGCUUCGAUUACCAGGGCAAAACCGAGAAACACGAGUCCCAGAAAGAUUACACCAAGGGCUUCGGUGGCAAGUUUGGCGUCGAGACCGACAAGGUGGACAAAAGCGCCGUGGGCUUCGAGUACCAGGGAAAAACAGAGAGACACGAGUCGCAGAAAGACUAUGUGAAGGGCUUUGGCGGUAAGUUCGGCGUGCAGACGGACAGACAGGACAAAUCGGCGCUGGGAUGGGACCACCAGGAGAAGCUGCAGCUCCACGAGUCUCAGAAAGACUAUAAGCGUGGGUUUGGAGGGCAGUAUGGGGUAGAGGUGGAGAAGCAGGACCAGUGUGCGCUGGGCUAUGAGCACAAGGAGAACCUGGCCAAGCACGAGUCCCAGAAAGAUUAUUCUAAAGGGUUCGGAGGGAAGUUCGGCGUCCAGAACGACCGCAUGGAUAAGAGUGCAGGGACGUUUGAGGACGUGGAGAAGCCGACCUCUUCUUACCAGAAGACCAAACCUGUGGAGGCUGCCGGCAGCGGCACAGGAAGCAUCAAGGCUCGCUUCGAGAACAUCGCCAAGCAGAAGGAGGAGGAGGACAGGAAGAGGGCCGAGGAGGAGCGGGCGCGUCGACAGGCCAAGGAGAAGCAGGAGCAGGAGGAGGCGCGCCGUAAGAUCGAAGAGGCGCCCAAAGCCCCGUCUCCGGUCCCCGCCGCCAGUCCCAGCCCGACCCCACCUGUUGAGCCGGCGGUAGCUCCAGCUCCAGCAGCAGCAGCUCCAGCAGCAGCAGCUCCAGCAGCUGCAGCUCCAGCUCCAGCAGCAGCACCGUACCACGCCGCGGAGGAGGCGUCGUAUGAUGCUGCUGAGGAGAACGGAGAGCAGCUGUACGAGGCGGAGCCGCAGAACCAGUACGCACAGCAGGAGGACCUGUACCAGACCCCCGAGGAGACGGCAGCAGGAGACGGGCAGCAGUACGAGUACGGCGAGGACCUCGGGGUGACCGCCGUGGCGCUGUACGACUACCAAGCAGCCGGCGACGACGAGAUCUCCUUCGACCCCGAUGACAUCAUCACCAACAUCGAGAUGAUUGACGAGGGCUGGUGGCGAGGCGUGUGCAGAGGCGCCUACGGCCUCUUCCCGGCCAAUUACGUGGAGGUUCGGCAAUGAUGACCCCCCCCACCCCCCCACCCCUCCCCCGCCAAGAUGACCUGUCUCUCUGUAAAAACAAAAAAGAAAAAAAAAAAGAGGAAGGAGACGAUUUCCAAUCCUGUUUCCUUCCCACACUUUGGUCUUUUCUCUCUUCACCUCAUCUUUAGUGCUUCGACACUGUGAGACGUCCUCAGGUCUCCUAUACGCCCCCCCCUACUCCAUCUUCAGGUCUUCGCCUCUCUGUGCAGCAGUGACAGAGUUAUUUCAGAGUGACGCAGAGAACAUAUAUAGAUCUCAUUAUCUGGGUUUAAAACAGGCUCAAAGCUUUGCUGCGUUAAAGCUUCAGGAUGCGACUCAGGCUGUUGACCGUCGCCUCCUUCGGGCCCCGGCGUGACUUUAACUCUUUACCUCCUGCCUCACAGCCGCAUGUUGCAUUUUGCAGCUUUAAGUAUUUGUUUUUAUUUUCAGAUUCGUGUUAUAAGACUUCGGCCUCACGAGGUUUCGAUCAGGCGUCGUUGAGUCUCACCAAAGACCAGAUGAGUCUUGUGCCUAGGACUCAGGGUGCUCACUGCUCAGUAGCUCGACCUUCACGUAAAGCAGGAGCAGAUCAAAGAGAUAAAACCUCCACUUUGGAUUAUUAUGUAUAUUAAUAGCUAUAUACUGUCCAGUACAUCGACUAUGGACCAAAAAGCUGAUUAACCCCCUUUUGCUCCUUGGUCUGUCUGUGUAAAGUUGCUGCGUUGCACAGGAGUUUAACCCCCCCCUCCCCCCAGAUUGAAGCUGCACUUGUUGAUUCAUAUAGUACGAAUACAUCGAACAUUUACACCAGUAAAGGAUUGAUUAUAUGUGAUCAAUAAUGAGGCUUCCUCCUUUACCGAUGUGUAAAUUGAUCAGAGUCGAUGAUGUAAAAGUACAAGCGAAACAAAAACACUAUAUUCAUAGUAUUAUUUUAAUCAUCUUCAUACGUUACACAGGUUCAUGCGUAGAAUCAUGUACAGAGAGAAGAGUUAUGACGCUUUGACAAAUAAUAGAUUUGGAAACAUGUUUUUGUUUUUCUCGAUGCGUGUGAGACUUGUGUAUUUGUGACUUGCCGCCGUGGACGUUCGGGUUCUUGUGUCAUAGCGUGAGGCGUGGAGCAAAACUGACAUCCCUCAUCACGACCGCACGGUGUUCGCCGACCUCGAGAGUGAGAGUGACCUUUUAGAAAGAAGUGCGAUUCACCAGCGGAGCUGCAGGAAUAUAUCAGGCUGUUGUUUAAGGGACGAGGCUUUGGUGAAUUCUCCAAACACUAAUUAUUUCUAACGGACGGCUCGUCUGUGGAUCACGGUAGUGUAGCUGAAACAGGUGUGUGUGCACGAGCGAGCGUGUGUGUGAGUGAGCGAGUGUGUGUGUGUGAGGGCUUUCAUUAAAUUCAUCUUUGGGGUUUUAUAAUAAAAAGUGACCUUUUCAAAUGCAUUAUUUUUAUCUGUACCUCUGUUUGCUUGAGUCACAUCAUUACCUGCUUGUUCUUUUUUUAGUUUCAAUAAAUAAACUAUGAACGA